CGAUGAUGCUGAGGACACCACCACCUAGAAAACGAAGGGCCGAUUCGAGGCCACCUGAAGAUAGCCCUAACUCCGAUCGCCGUUUGGUCAUCUACGAGGAUCCUACGGCGCCGGAAUCUUCUCAUGAUCAUAUUACUUCCGACCAAAUGCUCUGCACUUACCAAUGUCGUCAAAUGGUUAAGUCAGAGUUUUUUGAUGCCUUAAGCAGUGCAGAGAAACAAGCACAUGAUUAUCAAUCUAAGUUGGAGGAACUGAAUGACAAUUUUUGCAAAACGGAUGCCGAGCGCAAAAAAUUUCGAGAUCAAUUUCUCUAUGCGGAGCAAGAACUUGCUGCUGCUAAAGGAAGGGAACAAGCGCUGCAGGAGCAGCUCUUGAAAGAGGUCAAUGACUCUCAUGAACGACUUAAAAAACAAAUACAACUGUCCAGCGAACUUGAGUUAAAGCUCCAAAAUGAGAUGAAUCUUCGCAAGAAAGCCGAGUCUUCAGCUGCUUCAGUGGAGGAACAAGCAAGUGUUUUAGAGGGAAAACUGACUCAUCUUUCUGAGAGCACAGAAAGGGAAAAAAGUCGUCUUCAGAAUGAGCUUGCACAACUGAAAAGAGAAUCAAAAUUUUCGGUUUCUAGGAUAGCUGCAGAUCUUGAAAGAAUGGAAUUAAAAGCCAAUAAUGCUGAGAAAGAAUCAGUGUUACUGAAGGAGCAGUUGGAAGAGCUCAGGAACCGGCUUAAUGAGUGCUUGCACCAGAAAAGUGAAAUAGAGAAAAAAUUAUCAAGUCUUACAUCUCAAGACGUUCCUUCGACGGAAACUAAUAUUUUGGUGAAGCAUUUGCAAGAAGAGCUUAGGCACUAUGAGUCUGAAGUUCGUGAAGCGAGAAAAUUAAAAACUACUCGUGAAAAUGUUGAGUUAUUGAAGGAGAAAUUAUUGGAGGAAAAGGGCCGCAAAGAAAGGGCAGAGUCAGAACUACUAGCAUUUUCAGAGAUCCAGUUGAGUGUGAAGAAGCUGGAGGAUGAAUUGUCUGCUUGGAAGUUGAUGAUGAAAGACAUUCCUGGUGUGUCAAGUGCGGAGGAUAUACCCCUUAAGUUUGCAGCUUUACAGAAAGAAGUACUUCAUAAUAUGAUGAAGAUGGGUGAGGCCAAUGCACACUUGAAACAAAUGGAGGUGGCUCUGGAAGCGGCAGAACUAGGUAAACAAAAUGCCGAGUCUGAAGCUGUAUUUGCAAAAGAGAAGGCAGAAUUGUCAAAAUCAGAGGUUAAGAGGAUUGAAUUGAUGGGGUCUCGUGUAAUGAACAUGCACCCUACUUUCUCUGUAAUUUUUUUAGUUGCGUGGGUGCAUGAAAUAGCGUUAUCUGCUUACGAUAAUCUGUUUAGCUGCAGCUUCUCGGUUCAUUUAUCAAAGUUUGAUUAUGCCUGUGCUAUAUUUUAUGAAAUGAUCCAAGAUGAGGAGGUUUGUGGUAACGUCCUCUCAAAUAAUCUGGUUGAGCUGCUUUUUGGGAUAUUAUGGAUGACACUUCAUAAUUCUUCUGGGAUUCUCUGA